CGAGGCUUAGAACGAUAUCAAAAAUAUCGAUAACCCGAUGUUCACCAUUCAGUCAGAAGGCAACCAAACUAACAUUUUGAAAUACUAAAUAGGAAAACUAAUAUGUGGCUAACAAAUAACUUGCAAGUGUCCUUAACACACUUAAAGGCAACGCCAAAGAUCAUUAAAUAUGGUUUUAUGGAUUCGAAAUUUGGACAAUUGCUGCUGGGACUCACAACCAUAGCAAAGGGCGCUAAAAGCUGCAACGCAAUUUGCGUAUUGUAUUUUAUACAAGAAAACGAAAUUGCAACAUUGAAAGAGGUGCAGCAACGUUGGCCCAACGUAGAAUUCAUGGAGGAUGCUGAAUCCAUUGAUCAAGUCAUCGAAAUCCUAUCGAUCGAUAAGGAGAACACCGCUGCAAUCGACGUUGCUGUUGUGGGAACAGAUUUACAGUUUGCCGUUUGGAACGAAUUGAUUAAAUUAAAGGCGGGCAAAACAUUGACUUACAGCGAACUAGCUGAGCUGGUGCAGCGUCCCAAGGCGGUGCGAGCGGUGGCAAAUGCUGUGGCAAAGAAUGAGGUGUCCAUUCUGAUACCUUGUCAUCGUAUUGUAUCCAAAAGCGGCGCUGUUAAAUAUCAUUGGGGUGCAAAGCUUAAGAGCGAUUUGUUGGCAUACGAAGCAAAAUAAAUAUAAAUCUAUAAUUUAAAAAUUCACUUUUAUUGAAAUUCAGCUCCGGACUCGUUUUUUUUCAUUUAACUUCGAACCUAAGAUUGUUCUUAUUCUGUGUGUGGUGUCUUAUAAAAAAACAAAUGACAAAUUCAACUGAAAUGCAAACAGGCUCAAGAGAUUGUGCAUCCCUGGCAUUAUCCAUAUAGCUAAUGCCCGCAGAUCCUACUUAAA